GUACGAGCAUGCGAGUGGACGGACCAGCCCUGUGGGCUGUUUGUAGAAAUGAACAAAGUCCUCGUCGCAGAUCACCUGUUGCAUUGGCACGGUGUCGAAUCCAAAGGAACGACUCUCUGCAAAUUCGAGGGUUGCUCUAAACCAAAGGCAAUGCUCAAUUUGGGCCGUCACAUCGAGGGCAUCCACUAUACUACGUCCUACGAAUGCCCCUAUUGCGGCAAGCGGUGGUCCAGGUCCGACUCUUUAGAUCGGCAUCAAGUGACAUGC